UUGAAAAAAAAAUUAUCAUAAUUUUCUACGAAACAAACAACUGAUCUGGCGCUGCCUGCCAUUUUCGUUACGUCAUCAUCAGCGUCAGCCUACGAAAGGACAAGGUACAUUACAUAGCGCGUCAGCUGUGCACGGGGCUAUCCACGGGAGGAUUCUAGCAUAAAUCCGGCCGGACAUCGCAGCUUUGUUUCCCCCUUCCGUGGAUCAUUUUUGCGGCAUUUAGACAUCGCCGCAAGACAAUUAAGGGGAGGCAUCGGCCAGCUGUACCAGCAUGGGCAGCGCGUACAGCUGCGAUAACGUGUUCCCCGGCGAUGUGCUGGACGGGAGAGGCGCCGGAGCUCCGUGGCCGUGUGUGGAGGGAACCAGUGAUGUGUACAGCCUGGUGCUGGCUGAUGAGCCGGAGGAGUUGAUGGACCUCCUGGUGCAGUAUGACGUGGAUCUGGAGCACAUGGUGGACAUGAAGAAGGUGGAGAAAACCGUCCCUCUUCUCGUCAUGUCUUCAGAGCAGUUCAGGGGUGGAGGCCUGAUGAGCCCAGAUGAUCUGGCGUUGCUGCGGCAGUUUCUGCAGGGUGACUACACGCGGCUGUACCAGCGGGUAACAUCCCUGCACGACACCAAGGAGGACGUGGUCUAUAUCUACGGCAUGACGCCCCUACAGGUUUGUAAAUAGUCUCCGGGUAGACAUGUCAGCUGGAUGAAAAGGAGAAGAAUAUUGGCCAAAUAGGGACAAGUAA